AUGGCAGGGCCCUUGCGAAGGGAGCUGGGCCGCUCCUACCCCUUCCCGGUCCAAGGUCUUCACCUCAACAACCUCCCCGCGGUUCCUCAGCAUGAAACCUCGGGCAGCUUCUUGCCCGAAGCCUUCGGCGGGGCGACCCCCGGGCAGGCCUUCGGCUUCAAGCCGGACUACGGACCGCAGGCAGGGGUUGUGGAGCCCUAUCCCGCCGGGGGCGAAGUUUCCCGCACCUGGUACCCCUUCCCUGCGGGGGGGGAGGCCUGGAGCCACCACCCUCCGGGGGUCGUGAUGGGGCCUUACGCGGUCCCUCAGCCUGGAGAGGCCUGCCAGGGAUCAAAGCCGGACAUCAAAGUGGAGCGUGACUUCGACCAGCCGGGCGGCCCCUAUUACGGAGGGCAUCCCUGGGCAGGAGCCUGCUUGGUCCCUCCCGCCGCCGCCGCCGCCCGGCCUGUCCCUUGCAGCGCAAGGGAGGCCGUUCCGCCCAGCCCGGAUCCCCAGGCUUCCAGGAGCCCCGCGGGCCAGGUAGAGGAGGUGGACAGCGCGGAGAGCAGCCCCCGGAGCGAUGCAAGUCAGAGCCCCAGCGAGCAGCUGGCCUCUGAAGAGGCCAGAGAAGGAGGCGGCAGCGGGGAUGAGGAAACCACCACCACAGUGGAGCUGGAACAGUUUGCGAAGGAGUUGAAGCACAAAAGAAUUACCUUGGGCUUCACUCAGGCAGAUGUGGGACUGGCCCUGGGUUUACUCUAUGGGAAGAUGUUUAGCCAAACCACCAUCUGCCGCUUUGAAGCUCUGCAACUCAGCUUCAAGAACAUGUGUAAGCUGAAGCCCCUCCUUCAGCGCUGGCUUCAAGAGGCUGACAGUAAUGAGAAUUUACAGGAGCAACUGUGCUCCAUGGAGUCGGCCAUGAUCCAGGCUCGGAAACGCAAGCGCACCAGCAUUGAGAACAACGUGAGGGGCUCACUCGAGUCGUACUUCCUGCGCUGCCCCAAGCCCAACCUGCAGGAGAUCUCGCAGAUUGCUGAUGACCUCAGCCUGGAGAAGGAUGUGGUCCGUGUGUGGUUCUGCAACCGCCGUCAGAAGGGCAAGCGCAGCUCAGGAGCCGGGUCCCGGGAUGAGUGCGAGGGUCCUAUCCUGCCCCAAGUAUGUCCUCAUGGCCCACUCCAAGCUCCGUCCCCUGGGCUUGGUCCUGCCCAUCACCAGCUGCCUCCACCACCACAGGGCUACAACACAACUACAUUUGCUGCGGUUUACCUGCCCCAGUUCCAUGAAGGAGAUGCUUUUGUCUCUCCCACAUCCAGCUCAGCAGUGAUGGGUCACCCAAUGCAUUCAAGCUGA